CGUCCCCCGGCAGACGGCGGUGCUGAAGGGACGGGCUGCUGCCGCCCCGGGCAGCCCUCCGGCGGGAUCGCGGCGGGCCAGGCAUUCAGCCCCGGCAGCGAAACUGCGGGCAAGCCCCAUCGAGCGUAUCAUCUCAAGCGCUCGGAUUUUUAGUGAGGUACGUCUGGAAGAGCCUCCUUCAUUAAUAUAAGCGUCAAGGGCAACGCUGGGCGUGACUAACAGGUGGGUUUGUGCCUUCCAUUAAGGGAAAUGGAGGCGUCGGGCAGCGUUGAACCCAUCGCGGCGCAGAAGCUGCCAGGAAUUUCGGCGUCGAUGCAGACAGAAGCUAGCUGGCUUCAUGAACACGCCCACAGAAAAUCAACCCUGUCAGAAGAGUUCAGCAGCUUGGAUGUUUUGUGUGACAUGGAGUUCAAAGAAGAUUUUGUGAACCUGUUCAAGAAAUCGCUGUGCACGCUCCCCUCCGUUGGCCUGCCUACCCUCCUGGCCUACAGACCCGAAUUGUCACGAGAAAACAUACAGAUUGAGACAGAGGAGGACUCUGCUCCGAGGUGCGAGUACUGUGGCAGUCUGCUGAAGCCGUUCCCUUCCAUCGAAGGCGUUUGCCCACUGUCACAGGAUUAUGAAUCAAAAUUCUGCUGCGAGCGUAAUCGAGACCUCUACGAGUUCAUCGUAAAUGAGAGGAAGAACCACGAAGGUGCCUGGAGCGUUCCCAUUGCUGUUGGCCCCCACGAAUCCCACGGUACUGAAGCCGACAGGCUGCUGUCAAAGGAGAGAGCAUACCAGAGGCAGCAGGAGAGACAAAUGGCCAGACAAUUAGCUUUCCUGGCAGCAGAGGCGACGAGUGUAGCUGAAUGUUCAAAUCAAGCUGGCACGAUUUCCUACCUGCUUUCUCGGGAGCCCCCAUCACCAAAGGGCCGGACGCUGGUGCCUGGUGGGAAAGCAGCAGAGCCCGAGGAAGAUCCUGUCUCCGACAGCGUCACCUGCUGCGAUUUUACCCUUGUGGGUGGAAAGGUAGUGAAGAAUGAAUUGUUGGAAAAGUACUACAAACAUGGAGGGAAAUUCCUUACCAUGCUUCCAGAUGGAACAGCACAGUUAUUCUAUCCAUCUGGAAAUCUGGCAAUCAUUGUUGUACGAGAGAAGAAAUGGCUUACUUGCAUAGUACAGGAAGACAAGCGGAGUAGGUAAAGUAAAGUAAGUAGUAAUGUCAAAAUACAAGCAGUAUUUAAGUCCAAUGGCAGAAGUACUUGCUAUUAUCCGAACGGAGCUGUGUGGAUAAACAUGAGUAUUCAGGGAGGGCAGUAUUUGGACCAAGCAGGCAGCAGGGUGAGAAGGUGGACAUGGCCAAACAGCGUCAUGUCAUCAGGACCCCAUGUCCCGCUGAGCCCCAUCUUCAUCUCCCUGAACCGGCACGUGGGGGUCAGGAUCCUAGGCCAGGACAAGAUCGCGGUUUCCUUCCUCGCCAUGGGGCAACAAGCAAAAUUCAACGUGGGAACCAAAGUGCAGGUCAGCGACAUCGGCCGGCUGCCUCCCCCUACCUGGCUGGGAGAAGAUGAGCUCCUGCUGCUUGCCUUCAGGGUGAGGAUUCUGCGGCUCUUCGACAGACUGCGUGGAUGCUUAAACUUUCCUUCUAACGAGCAAUGGGACAAAAUUAAGCCUCCAGCUUACCUUGUCACACAGACUUUAAAGAUCUUACAGCUUUGCACAACUUCUGACAUAAGCGAUGAGCUACGCAGCUCGGUCAGGGCAAUAGUAAAUGCUCAAGUCUGAUCA